AUGCCAAGUGCUUCAUCGCAAUCUUCCAUGCAGAUCUCAGCGCAGAUGGAGAACAACGACGCUACCAAAGCUGUCCUGAAUGUCUUGGAAAAGAAAGUCCGUAAUCUUGAAAAACGGAAGGUGAGUUAACUUACAUUUGAGGCGAGCGAUCGAACACGAUCCACCGACGGCUCGACCACGCCAUGAUGGUUGAGUUUUUGACAUGUGUUUCUCGCCGCUGAGACAUUGUUUCUGUUCGCAGGGAAAGCUUGAUUCGUACAAGAAGCUGGUGGACGAGGGGCAAACACUAAAUGACGAUCAGAAGGUGCGUUUUGAAAUGGCCAAUUUUUUGCGCAACUUUUCAAACGUGGCGGAAAAUGAGUAGGUUUAGUAAAAGCGAAGAGUUUCUUCUUUCAAACGCAUUUGUCCGGUUCUUUAACAGACGUAUCACCCUACCUGUUUUUCUUAGUGUUAUUUAUACAGUUAAACUUAAUCUGUUUCAUAGAAGUGCUAUUUAAUAUUAGAUACCGUUUGUUGAAGACUAGAUUCGUUCUUGAAUAUGAUGUAUCGUUUGACGUGAAGUCACCCUCUCUUUACGCAAUCUCGUGAUCGUUUAAAUUCACUAUUUAACUUAAAUGUUCUUCUUGGUUAGGAAAAUUUCUUAUAUUUAGCAGACAGCUGUCAGGGUUGUCAUGCUUCAUUGAAAUUAAUAGAUAAUUGUGCAGUACAAAUGUAGUGUACGAACGUUUAUUUUUCGAUUGGGGCCCAGGCCUUUAAAUAAUUUCCUGGAAACCGGUUAUUCUGUCAACAAAACAAAACAAUACAAAGUACUACAAAAUUCAGAAAAACAUAGAAUUUAAAGUGUUAUGAGAAUAUUGAAUUUUUAUUGUGAAAAAUAUGAACCGAAACAAGUACAAAGUUAACUGUGCCAUAGCAGUGAUCUUUCGGAAAUUACAUCACCUGCUUGGUCUCUUACCAUAGCAUAGUAAGUUAAAAAUAGCUGAGCUUAGCAUUGCAAAUAUUGAUUGGUUCCAUUUCAACUUCAAAUUACGAUCCUUAAUUCAACUGAUUAUGUCAGGAUGGUAAGUAACAAAAACUGUUACAAUGAAAGAUAUGUAUUUACAUUCGGCCGAGCUGAAAAAUGCAGUGACAGUGACACAGAAUGGAAGUACUUUCCUACUGGUAUGAACGCACGUGAGCCGUUAUGGUGUUAAUUGACUCUAUUGUUGUUAUGUGUGUAAGGUUUUGACAGUUGUAAUGCAGUCAUCUCAGUUCUCAAACUUUCAACUUUUUACUUUAUUUUACUUUAUCUUACUUUAUUUAUUUACUGAUUGUUUUUUACCUUUAACUCCCAGUGGUUGUGCAACUGCAUCGGUUGGGGGAUACGUUCCCGUUUUUUUUUUUCCCAUUGGGUUUUUGGGUUUUCGUAUCAGGCAGCGCACAUGACCAGUUAAGCCUGAGUGAUUUUAUUUUGGAUUAUUUGUAUAUUUUUCUCUUAAAUUUGACAUUAAACUUUCUAUGGUAUUUGAACAGCAGUAAGCACUUAGGCUCACGGUUUGAGCUACACACCCAUUCCCAUCUCUUGGUCAUGAAUAUAAAUAGGAACACUUGAAAUUUCCAGUUUCCCUUACUGGAAUGCCAUGUACCCCUUGUUUGUUUCAAUGCAUCUAUCAUAGGGGCACUUUUUUUCACCGGGGUUGGGGCGGGGGGGAAAUUGGGUUGUGGAGGACGUGCAUCCCCUAAUUCAAAUUUCAAAGCCUGCCAUUUUAUGCGUUAAGGAGGAAGCCAUUUCCCAGUCAGUAUUCUAUUAUUGUAUUUGAAUAUGUCAACGUGGCAAUUUCAAUCCAUCUUUGUGUCAUUUGUCACCGUAUAUCUCUAUUAUACUGCUUUUUCAAGGCUAUGUCACCUGUUAGAAUUUUACCCGGUGAACAGGGACUCAUCAUAGUCUUCCACCUUUGAUUAUUUUUGUGUGAAAGUUAACAGUUAGUGUGUGAGUCACUCAUAUAGAAGUGAUAAAAAAUUGACACUCCAGACAGAGAUGGAUUUUCAGUAAACAGCUGUUGGAAGGCUUAAGUUAAGGAAAGAAGAAUAUUGCCUUGAAUAUAAGCCUACUUCCCGGCAUCAGUGGAUUCUUAAACAAAGUAAACCUCACUAUUACAGGCACUUCACACUUCAUUUUGAACUGUGUGCUGGCUUUUAUUACCACAAUUGAGUCUGUGCAGACUUUGAGUCAGUUAUUUAUAAAUGAGUGACUUUUUAGUUUUUCCAUGGAUACAAUUCACAGAGUAAUGGCUUUGUGGAAGUUAGAGGUGUUAAGUUGGACAAUGAGAAUGUCCUUUUUUUAGCAUUAUUCUUACAACAUGACCUACUUGCCUAAUGCUGUUCCCCCAUUAAUACUGACAUGUUCUAUGAGUCCCUUACAUACUAUGGGUUUGACUGUACAAAAAUCUUGCAUGGAGAACUAAAUUUUCCCUUGCCUUUGUUUGUUGUAGCUUGCAGUUGGUCAACUGACGCAAGUAGAACAGAACCUUGAGUUUGCUAGAGAUCUACAAAAGAACAUUACUCAGAUCUACACUGAAGUAAGUGAUAGCAGGGUUCUUAAUUUAAUAAGUUGUUAUAAAUCAAUCAGUGUUUCCAAGAUACAUCACUUAAUUAUCAGGACAGUAGUUGAGUUCCCUUUGUUGAUUUUCCUGAUUUGUCCCCAGUCAUCUUGCAGGAUUUGGGAUGUCUAUGAUUUCCAGUUUUUUAAUAGUCAGCAAAAUCUGGGACUGUCAGGAAACAGUAAAAUCCCAUCUGGGAUUUCUCCGACAUAUGACUACCAGGCUUAAAGAGAAAAUCCUUGUUUCAAAAUGAAACCAACUGCAAAAUACUUCAUAUGAAAAUAAGUGUCAUCUGUACACCAAAAUGACUUCACACUUGAGGCUCAGGACGAGAUGUAAAAUAAUGGCUUAUUAUGCUUCCUUGUCGAAGACUGAUGCAGUGCUGAAAACAAGAUAAGGAAGUGCAAAGAUUAACAUAAUCUUAUUUAUUGCCUUCUUCAUCUGCAGCAUCAAAAGCUUCAAAAGAAAAAUGCUAAGCGAGAUCAGGCUGCACAGCUCGCAGCACAGCGUGAAGGAGAUAUCUCUAAGGUGUGUCAGGUACUGGAACUGCAGGCAUUGAUGGACAACUUGUCAGAGGAUGUGCGGGCAGACUUUUUGAAUGGUAGCAAUGGUGCUGUGGUAAGUUUUUUUAAAAAAAACUGUCCGCUUAUCUUGCUGUGCAUACAUGUAACUUACAGUAACUUUGUUAAAACAGUACCUCUCAAAAAUAAGUUGACAAUCUUGACUCAAGACUUGAAACUCAAUCCUUGCAUCUCAAAAGUGGAACAAAUUGUUCAUGUUUCAAGACUUGAGAAUCGAGUUUCGACAAACUUCCAUUCUGAAUAUUCAUCACUUGAAAGGGUUUAGAGAAAAUGAUUUAUUCCUUGAGAAACAUAGAGCAACAAGUCGCAUCUACCGUCAGCCCUUUGACAUGUACAUGUCAUGCAUAAGGAUUUUAGGUGACAAAAAAAGGACCAAUGGCAGGUUUUUUGAACUUGAAUUUCGGAUAACCGAGUCGCUGUAUUUUUAUAUGAAUUCUAUCUUAAGAAUUAUGAGAGCGGUUUGAUUGUUAACGCAUAUUUUGUAACGGUAUGUAAGCUCAAUUGUGUUAGUCGCGACAGCUUAGAAAAAAAGGCCUUUUGCAGCUAGCCUUUCAGGUGGCACAAAACCGCCAUGCUGAAAAGGCAUACAUAAUUUUACAUGGUAAUUUCCAUUGUUUAUCUUGCCCUAGUGCGACUUUUGCUCUCCAGCAACAUGAAUGGCUAGCUGCAAAGGGCCCAUUAAACCUACUGAGAAAUAUGAUCUUGAAGUUUAUGAUAGCAGCUGUGAAUCUUUUUAGAAAACUCUCAUUUGUUUUUGUAAGCUGUUCAAAAAAAACUACAAGAAGUGUAGCAAAAUUAGAAAGGUAAAGUUAAAGCUGUAAAAAGGAUAUGAGAAAUCUCCGAGCGUACCUAUUUGCAGUGAGAUAGAAAGUGCUAACAUGUAAGGACAAUUUGCAUAUGUCACUUGUAAUUUGAAACCUCUUACUUGAGCGUGCAAUUUGCAACUUUUAAAUUCAUACAACAGCGAUGAAAUAUUUCAAAAAACAAAAGUCACAAUUACGGGAGGCUUCCUAAGCCCUAGGAUUUCACGGUAACAAUCCUGUCUGGCACUGUGUUGUUACCGUGAUCUUUAAAUAAAGGAACCAAAAAACAUUUUCACAGUGACAUAUGCUGACAUAUUAUAGUAUUUUUCCACUCAGAUUCUUAACUAGUAGAGCAAUUCUUGAUGACUCAGCUUGUGUAUCAUUUUUCUUCCCUCCACCAUUUUGAUUUGUUCCCAAAAGGUAUUGCAUGUUACUGAUGACUCGUGCAUGAAAGAUGUUUUGCAGUUAAAAACAAGAAAAAAAAUAUGACUCCAAAAGUUUAAAAAAAAUAUAGAAUCUAAGGUGGUCUUCUAGUGACAAUAUUUCACUGUUGAAACUGAUGAUGAGGCCCGGAACUCUCUAUAUAAAAAGACAAUACAGUGCUCCAAGUUCAACUUUUUCCAAAGUGGCCUUUUGGCAACCUAAAAUUAAAAGGUGGUCGCCAGACAUAAAAUACUGUUCACCAGAAAAAAGGAACACUUUGUGUAACACUACAUGAAUAUUUGAAAGAAUCAAAAUGGCUGCCCAACCAUCGCAAUCGAAUUUCAGGUGCACGCAACAUCUCAAGGCUUAAUACCCAGAGAACCAGCCUGAGUGAAAUCUAGGCAAAUUAUAAAGAGAACAGAGCAUUAAUGAUAUUUAAUACAAAUGUCUAUCUCACUUUAUCUUUAAAACAAUAACUACUAGAAAAACUAGAAUGGCUUGCCACAUGAUAACUGAACUCAGGUUGCCAAAUUGGCGACUUUCACUGCAAUUUUUAGUUGCCAAAAUUUUUUUCUACUCGCCAUGGAGACCAAAAUGGUCGCAGCUUGGAGCACUGCAAUAGAUCUGUAACAAACAUUUGGGUAUACUUCUUUAGUUGGAUGGAAGAGGAGUCUGGAGUUUUUGACACUUUAAUGCUCACACAUUUAACACUUACCUUGACCUUCUUCUGACAUUUUAAUAGACAUUGAAGAAUUGUAAAUAAUAGUACACACUGAUGUUCUUUAAUUUAAAAGUAUGUUUAACAACAUGUUUUUGUACAUUAUAAGAAAUAAAAGUGGGUAGCCUUGAAUUUUAACGGAACCAAAAAAAUUAUUGUUAAUGACAGUUUCCCAUGAUCUCUGGGCACGGAACCAAAAAAUUGUUAUCCAUAGGAUUUGAAAUCCUAGGGCUUGUUCCUCCAAGGCUAUUUCAUUUGUUAUCAUUUGCAGACAAGAAACUUGGAACUGCUCUGCAGCGGAAUUUACAAUUAUAAGACAUUCGUGCUUGUUUGUUUACUUUUUGUUGAUUGGCGGUAAUUUUAAGCUAGGUGCUGACAGCAAAAAGUUUACGUUUUCGUUUUAAAAGUUCAGAACAAGCAGGGAAUUUUGUCAGCCGUUCAACCAGCCCUUUGUGCGUGGAUACUUUUUGAAAGCACAAACUUUGUUUUACGGAAAUAGCAAGGAUGCAAAAACCGUUUGUCGCAAUCCACAGUAACAGAUGUGGUCUGUUUGAUGAAUUUGUUGUUUGAAAGAUCAGUCAAGUGACAAGCCCAUUAUACAGUACUGCUCGAGUGUCGGGAUCGAGACGCGAGUUCAGGUGUACUUACAUUUUCCUCGGCAAUUUCCCCCGAUUUUCAGUACAUAAAUCUUUAAAAACAAAAGCAAACAGCCAACGAGCAAGGACACCAGUUUUCCUGGUUUAUUUUUUACAAAAAGCGAAGACAAACAACCAGUCUGUUGACACUGAAAAUUCCUUGAACAGCGAUGCGAUAUUUUUCGUCUAAUACUUCACAGUUGGCGAUUGAGGUUUCUUUCGCAGUGAGCCUCCACUUGUGUACCCCGUUCAGAGAAGUCAUUUCCUGCUAAACUUUCAAAUGAAACCAGUUUUAAGAUGGACAGUAUUUUGAUUGCACCCGUUUGUUGGUAAAUCAAAAGGCACCUUGUUAGCAAUCAACAACUUGCAGAGGGAUUCAACUCCGCGAUACACUCACUCUCCGUAAAUAACGCAAAUCCUGACAAGAUAUGAACAACCAUAUGAAUUUUCUGAAUUUCCAUGGCACAUAUUUAGCCAUAUUUUCCUACCGUAAGACCAUAAAACAAUAAAAAAGACAGCAAAAUCGAUCCUUCUCUCCGCAGACAAUGGAUCAUUCACGAAAACAACCAUGCAAGGAAUAAGCACUUUGAACUUCUGGCGUUUCCGACAGCCAAUCAGAUCAGCGAGCACAAACAUGAAUGAGUUUGGAUCAGGCCCAAUUUUAGUGGUAGCGGUUAGAGAGAAUGUGUGAGAACCACUCAAAUUGGGCCUGAUCUCAGGUUACUGUUAAUAGUAUAAUAUUUGCAAGCACAAAAAUGUUGAUUAUUCGUUGCAUGUAUCACAGUAAACUGUUAAUUCAUUGUAAGUUUCUUUUUUACCCUGGCAGUCUUUUUUUACUUAGACAUCGCAAACAAAAACAUGGAUUAGUUUUAUCAGAUGUUAUUAUUAGUGAUCCUUCAGUGCGAACAGCUGAUUUUAUCCUGUUAACUUAUUUAGAAAUCUUGACUGAUUACUGACACUCUUUAUAUUUUUGUCUCUUCAUUUGAGACUUUUGAUUAAGAGGUUUGCUAUCUCCAUGCAAUAAAAAAAUAUCGGUGCAUUUCUUUUUUAUAGGUUGUGUCAGAGGAAAGUUUUGUCCGGAUUGAUGCGUUUUACAAACUAAUCACCCCAAAUGCAGAGGAAGAGAAGCCAAUUAAGGAACAGCAGUUAUUAGCCAGCCAACAUAUUGUAAAGUUUUUGGAGGCCAGCCCUGAACCUGUUGUAGAAACAACCUGUAUCUUUUUGUAUGUUGAGUAAGGUUCAAAAUUAGUUGAGAUCUGUAAAGGGUGCAGGUAAAGCAGGUGUCCUUCAAAUUUUUCAUGAUGAUCUCAUUUGAGGGAUGGUCUUUGCCAGGAUUUAUUUGACAAGAACGCUCUUACAGCAGCAUUCAGUCUCCCUUGCUUUGAGAUUAGAGUGAAAAACGAGGAGGCGGUUAAUUCUACGCCAAACAGGAUGUACUCACUAAAAGUUUUUUACUUCCUACUUUAUCGAUGUUGAUACUUUUUAUUUGUUUAUGAAUUGAUCUAGUACGCAUGUUAGCGAGGAACAGAAAUACGUCUGUGGUCGCAGGCUAUACUUGUGUAUAAAUACAUGAAAAUUCAAGGGCCUCGAUUCCAGAGAAAUUAGAUCAUUGCCAGAGUUCAAAAAGUGAUUUACGUGGCACGUCAUUUCAGUCAUCACCAAAAAUAAACCACGUGCUCAUCACAAGAGCCGUUUACAUAGAAUGAAAGUUUACAACACUCAACCAUUGCAGUUUAGCUAGUUAAGAUUCUUAUUUUUUUCAACCACUCGGUAGUGUUCACUUGUUCCAAAGCAAUCAAUGCUUUGAAGCAAUAGAAUUCACGGACCGACAUGUUUUGGAAAAGCUCUAAAUUUAAUCUUUUCUAAGCUUUCUUCGCAAAACAUGCGUGGCUUCAAUCAGGCAGCGAUUCUUAGUCCUAGUUUCCACGGUCUCGGCAAGGAACGCCUGGCACAAUGAUCCCCCUUUUGUGUCUUAAAUACGACAAAAAUACGCGUUGCAGAUUACGAGUCUCGCUGCUUACUCAAGCGAGACUAAUAAUGGGCGUUGCCAUCUUUUCCCUUGGGUCAUAGAAUUAAGACCGAUAAUGGCAAUCCUACUGUGUUAUCUGAUGUGGAAGCUUUUGGACUCUGGUUAAAACCUCUUGCAGUGAGGAAUUAGAUUGUGACAUUUUAGGUGGUCAUUUUUUAGCAGGGUUCAUACAGGUCAUGGAAAACCUGGAAACUCAUGGAAUUUAAGAACUUCAUUUUCCAGGCCUGGAAAAUCAUGGAAUUUAAUUGUUGGUCCGGGAAAGUCAUAAAAAUUUAGGUUAUGUUUGAUAAAUUAGAUACUGCAGAUGUCAAAACAAGGAUAGUAUAACAUAAAGAUAGUAAUUAGACAGCCUGAACAGCACCCAUUUUGGUGGACAUGAGAGUUUGUGUCUGUUGAACUGUUUAAGGUCAAAAACUAUGCUAAAACAAGGAAAGUUGUCAAAAGUGACAGCUUAACAUUAGGUCAUGGAAAACUUGAAAAAGUCAUGGAAAUAGUCAUGGAAAGUCAUGGAAUUUGAAGAGGUCGAAGGAGUACAAACCCUGUUUAGGCCGCAUUACUGUACCUGUUUUUCCUUUACUCUGUGAAGAUAAGGCACUUAAUGAACUUGUUUCAUCAAUCAACAAGUGUGGAUAUUUUGAACAAUCUCAAGGUGAUGAAGAGGAGGAGGAGGAAGAGGAGGAAGAAGCUGCUGAAAAUGAGAACACUGAAGCUGAUCAAGAAGGAACUGGAGAUAAUGCCCAACAAACAGAAGUGAGUACUAACCAACAAUAAAUUUGUCUAUAGAAAACAACACUUAUAACAGUGUGGAGUAAAAAUAUUGUCAAAAAUUAUUUGACAAUAAGUUGGGGAAUAGUCUGAGCAUUAUGUGAAUAACAUUUUAAAAUCCCUUCAUGUUUGGCUGAAUGUAUAAUUAUUUUUUAGGCAAAGUUAAACUCCUCAGCUAUAGAUAGGGUUAGGUCUUAGUAUCAUUUGUGUGAUUGAUUGACUGUAGUCUGGAACUCUUGAAAUCACUCAUUUUGGCAUUCACUACUUGCAAUAAGCUUCCGCUUGAAAUAAGAUAUCUCAGUGAUUAUAGUGUUUGAGAGGACCAAAAAGCACAAUACAAGAGAUUGGCACCAAAACUUUUGCAUAUUCUUAUUCCAGAAUACAACCCUGUAUGUUUAUUGUUAGGAUUUUUGACCUACCAACAGAACGAAUGCCUUUUUAAAAAUAUGCUAUUACUUAUCUAGGUGGCAGAGGCAAAUAAUGGACCAACCGAGACUCACUUUAAUGGAGAAAACACUGCAGCCCCUGGUGAAAAAGAAGGAGGUAAUGUUGCAACCGUUGCUUCCAAUGAACAUGGCCUGAAUUUCUUGAGUGAAUCGGAAGUGGAAUCUAAACCAAAGGCUGUAGCAGAACCAUCAGCUCCCGCUGCAAAUCUGAGUGAAGGAGCCCCCCCUGAAAGUAGCGGAUUUGCUGCUCAGGGUGGAGAUGAAGGGUGGAUUGAACAGGGGGGUGAAGGAAAUGCUGGUGAACAAGGAGAUGACACAAGUAAGUGAACUGAUCUGUUUUAAAAUUUCCUUUUAGCCUGCCCUACUAUAGUAAUAAUUUUCCUUUAUUACGAGUCUUUAUGGUGUAAUCUAUCAAUGAAUAAAAUAAUUGUAUGGUGCCUAAAUGGAUAGGUUGUGGUUCAAUUUUAUUCUUGGCUUAAAUUUUGUUUCCCUUUGUUUUAAACUCAUUAUCAUAUGCUACCAUACCUCAAAACAAAAUUUUACCAAGGUUAAAAUUGAACUGCAGCAGAUUAUAUGAAAUCCAGGAUGUCCAGUAUUAAAGUUUUUUUCAAAAUUAAUACUUCAUCAUGGCCUUGUCCCUGGUUACUAAGUGUUCUUCAACAGAGAUGACUGUAUUAUAAGGGUUGAUCCAUUUAGUGUUGUAGCUGUUCCAGCUACAACACUAAAAUAGUCAUCAAAUAAUUUAAGAUAACUGAAAGUCUCUACCAGCAGGAAAUAAACCAGUUGGUUGCUGUAAUCAUGGCCACAGAUAGUUUGUGACCAGAGCAGAACUUGAACUGUAGCAAGUCCAGCUCACUGACUAUUGCGGUAGCCUCAGGAAACAGUGGACAUUGGUUUCCUCACAAAAUGAAUUUAUCUGAAGAACGAGUGCAGAAAUUCCAUACUAAUGAUGUAUCACUACUCAGAUUUGGGUAGUGUUUCUGAUUGGUUUUGCUGCAGGGGAAUUUCACUUCAUCGAAUCCGAAGCACUACUAAUAUCCGGGUGGUAAUAAUAAAAUCAUAUGUUGUCAGUAUGGAAUUUCUGCACUUAUCAUUUAAUGGGGAAACCCGUGGAAAGAUCAUAAAAUAUCAGCUGCUUUCUCAAGCUAACUAUGCAGCCACAAUGACCUCCUUUGAUGAACAGUGGUUUGCAUAUUUCUUAACACAAAGACUUUCCAUUCUUUUUUUUGAGGAAGCCAUAGGAGCUAGCUGAAGUAGGCAGUAGUUUAAUACAGUUGUAGUAUGUUGGUCAGUUUAAGUCUGAGUUCAGUUAGGUCUCUCUACUCUGCUAAACCUCUACAAAUGGUACCUUUUUUAAUCCUACAGGUGGCUUUGAUGCUGUAAAUCAUUCUAAUGGCUUUGGCUUCUCCCGCGGUGGACGCGGAGGCCGGGGUGGCUUCCGUAGAGGAGAUGGUUACAAUCGCCGUGGUGGCCCACCUGGAGAUAGAGGAAAUAGGCGCGGAGGCAGAGGGGGCUUUGGUGGACAAAGAGGAGGAAGAGAGGGGGGAUUUAAACAGCAACAGGUAAAAUUAGUAUAGGUAAUAGCAUGAUUUGUAGUUAUAUUUGGCAUAAAUACCACGAGUGAUGUUUCAAAAUUGUUACACGUAAUUUCACGAGCCGUUAGAUGAGUGAAAUUUGAAACAAUUUUGAAAUAUCAUGAGUGGUAUUUAUGCCAAAUAUCACGUACAAAUCAUGCUGUUAUUUGUUUAUACUACUACCCGCAAAAGGUUUGUAAUUUUCACAUGUAGGUAUUUCAAAUUAAGCAGAAAUGCCACUGCUCUAAGCCAAUCAAAUUGCAGAAAUUUCUCCUGUGGUAGUAUAAAUAUUGGAAAACUUUCACAAUAAUUUGAAACAAAAAAGACGUUGGUUUUGAUACUAAAUGACAUUUUUUGAUAGCCUGUUCCAGGCGUUUUUUUUUUUGUUCGUGAAUUUCUCUCCCGCGCCCUACUAUCUGAACUCCUGGAACAGGCCAUGUUUCGACAGCUAAACUGUCAUCUUCAGUUUGAAAUUGUGAAAUACAAAGUAUGUUGAAUUGCAACGGCGAAAAAAAAACUAUAACAACAUAAUAAAGGGACGUGAUAAUGUUUGACCAUAAAGAUAGUUUUAAAUGUACUUGGUGUUAUUGUUAAUAAUUGUUAUAUAGUUUUUUUCUCUUCCGCAAUUCAAACUGAAGAGGACAGUAUCAGAAAUGUUGUUUUUCGUAAAAUUAUAACUCGUCUGCUGCUAUCCAGACCCUUUGAUAAAGCUUUCUACUCCAUUUACUAGCAGACAGUAUCCUUUGAUGUUAUGUUUCCUCAGAGGAACCUCUGCAAUGUCAAAACUUUCCUCUUAUGGAAGCCACAGAGCACCCAAGACAACCACGGGGUACCAAGCAAGUGUGGUGAAUGACAAACUGUUUUUUGUUCUUUUUUCAGGAUAAUUACCAAAGACGAGGUAACCGUGGAGGUCCACCCAGAGGUGGCCGUGGGGGUGACAGGGGAGGACAGCGUGGGCGUGGACCCCCUCAGCAGUAGCUUCUCGUUUACAACUAAAUUAAAAAGCAUAACUUCAGUGAGUUAGGAAGAUUUUGAUGGAGCUUUUGGCAUAAAGUUACAAGAACUGACCUAGUUACAAGCUUGAGGGCUUUUGUUGUAAGCCGUCUGCAUGCAGCAAGUGUGAAACUAUUUUACCUCCUGUUAAUAGUUCAGCAAGUGUUCAAGCAAGAUCUGGCACUUCAUUUCUCCUUCCAGUGCACAGAACUUCAAUUACUUCAGAGAUCAACGUAUUAUUUUGUUGACCUUCGGACAAAGAUGCAUUGCCAAGUGUAUUGUGGAUGUUAUGUCGAGUGAUGAGAUGUUGUUUGAAGUUCGCAUGGGUGAAAAUGACUUCUGCAGUCCACAGUCCACGACCUGCCUCACAAGGGCAUGGGAUAAAUUAAUUAUAUUAAAGAGAUCCAGGCAUCAGCAACUUGCUACUGCAGGGAUGGACAUUUGUACGCCAUUGGUCUCUCUUGCAGCUGUUUUUUUGUUCUUCUUCUUCCUCUUCUUCUUUUUCUUUCCCUGGAACCCACAGUCUCAGCAGCAGCUGCAAGGGAGACAGACAUUUCAGUGAUAAUUGAUAUUUAUAUAUCACAAAACAGAGACAUUGACGCAUGCGUUGUAAUGUACUAGUCUGUCAUAAAAUAGAGCAGUUUCUUAACUGGCCAGCGUGAGAUUUUCUGUCAACGACUAAUUUAUUUUGUCAUACGGAAUCAGUUGGAAAAUACUUUCUUGUGGUGCCGUUGGUUGUGGUAGUAUUUGAUCUUGGUCAAAGGAGUGUUUGCUGGCUGCUUGUUUGACUGACUCGCUUUAAAUGAUGGGCUAUUACAUUAGUAUAGCAAUUUGAUUCCAAAGUUGAAAACUAUUAAUUGUUUGUGGAGUCCAUUGUGUCCGGGUUGUGUUAAGUUGAAAGCAGAGGCCACGCAAAAGAGAUUUUCUAAGAAUGAAAGUAUUGUAAUGUAAAAAGAAUAAAGCAGUUUGGUUAAUUAUUAUCGUCGAGUUUUUAAGUGGAUUUAAAUGAGCAUAACGUCUGUCGAGC